ACAAUAUAAGAAUUUUUCUUUUUUUUUUUUUGGGGAAUAUGGGUUUUUCUUGGCCUGCUGGCCUCGAAGGUGUAGAAUAGAGUACUUUUCUUCCUCAUCUCCAGCCUUUCUUUACCUUCCUUGUUGAUAAUGGUGGCGCCCAAGAAAGACUAAUAAUACUACUACUACUACUACUACUACUAUUACUCUCAUUCACUUUACGUUUCUUUCGUUAGACUCUUACGACUGCAUAUUUCUCUCUGUCUCUCCACCACCUCCUCUUCCUCUUUCCAUUGCAUUCAAUCAUCCACAACAACAAAGAACAAGAACAAAGGAAUACUACUAUUUCUCUCUCUCUCUCAUUUGCUUAUCUCUCUAUCUAUCUCUCUUCAUUGAAGAGUCCGCCGUGAGUUUGGGGCAUCUAUUUCAUGCUGUUUUUGUGUCAGCGUUUAUUAGCCCUCCCUCCUUCCCAUACGCGUCCUCCCUAUAACCCCAUAAAUCUCUCCUCUUUUCCCACCCCCAUUGAAUCAUUCAUUCGUUUUGGAUUUUGACCGAAUCCUUCAUUCAUCCCAAAUCCAUCAUUCCAUCAUUCCAUCAUUCUAUACUAUAUAGAGAGAAGAGAUUAAAGGAGGAAAGGAAAGGAAAGAAAAGAAUGGCCGUUCAAGCUCAAUACCCAUCGAAUGUUCUUCUGUUCAACAGAGCUGUUGAAGAAGGCAAGAGCCCAGUUGCCAACGAUUACUCGUUGCAACCUCAACCUCCUGGCGGAGGCGGACGAGGAGUUGGAGGAGGAGGAAUAUCUUUUUUUGAUCAAACAAACAUGUCAUUCAAUCAUGGAGCUGGGAUCAAUAAUUCGCGAAAAAGAGGAAGAGAGGUAGGUGCAACGACAACGGCAACAGGAGGAGGAGGAGGAGCAGGGGCAGGAGGGGUGGCGGCCGCCAUGAAUCGACCAUUGAUUUCAAUGGCGCCACAUCCUCAACUGAUGGACCUCACUCAGCUCCAUUCCGCCACCCAGAGAAAUGGCGUCUCCAUUGGCCUUGGCUUAGCUUUUGGCGAGCAACCACCACCAUUGUCUCAGCAACAACACUCGAUUUCCCCUCAAUCAUCAGCUCAGUCAUCAGUUCUAUUAUCCAUCUUAUCUGAUGAUUUAGCCUCCCAUAUUAAACAACAGCGCGACGAAAUCGAACACUUCCUCCUUGCCCAGGGGGAGCAAUUGAGACGAACUUUAGCGGAGAAAAGGCAAAGGCACUAUCGUUCCCUGUUGGGGGCGGCGGAGGAGUCGGUAGCGAGGAGGCUGAGGGAGAAGGAAGCGGAAGUUGAGAAAGCGGCGAGAAGAAAUGCCGAGCUGGAGGCGAAGGCAGCUCAGCUGAGUUUGGAGGCUCAGGCUUGGCAGCAAAGGGCCAAGAUGCAAGAGCACAUGGCGGCGAAUCUGCAGGCACAGCUGGAACGGGCGAUUAUUACUAGCGGUGGUGGCGGUGGAUAUAAUGGGGCGGCACAACAGGUGCAAGAGAGGGAUGAAUGGGGCGGCGGAGGGGGAGGGAAUAAUAGUGCCGCGGGGACUGUGGGUGGCGAAGCGGAGGAUGCUGAGUCGGCGUACAUUGACCCGGACCGAGUGGUGGAAAGGGCUGGGCCGUCGUGUAAAGCGUGUCGCAAGAGGGUGGCGGCGAUGGUGGUGUUGCCGUGUCGGCACCUGUCGCUUUGUACAGAAUGCGACGCCGUUGCACGGGCUUGCCCAGUUUGCUUCGCUGCGAGAAGUUCAAGUCUUGAGGUCUUCCUUUCCUAGAACCCAGCCCAACAAUCGCACCGGCACAAAUCAAACACAAGCCCAAUGUAGGCCCACCUGUUUGGAGUGGGGCCCACGUGUGACUGUUAGAGCAUUAACAGGUUGGGGAAAACCAAAAAAAAAAAAAAGAAAGAAAGAAAAGAAAAGAGAGAAUAUGAACAGGAAUCAAGUAUAAUAUUAAGUAUAAUAAGUAUAUAUUAUUAAGUUCUCCCCCCCAUUCCCCCCCCCCCCCCUUUUUUUUUAGUUUAAACUUUAUACCCACCUCCCAAGACCAUAUUCUAUUUUAAUUUUUUUUUUGUUGCCCCAAAAUGUUUUGAUGGUGGAAUGUAAAUGGCCACAUGGAAGUGGCAGUUCUUUUUUUGGUUCUUUUUUUCUUAUUUUUAAUCCGAAACCAAAGUCAUACAUAAAUUCUUUGAUUUAAUUA